AUGAAAGAAAACAGCAGCCUGGGGCAGGAGAAGAAAAGACAUGAGGCUGCCCGGCUGCUCCUGGCCCUGUCCGGGAGCAUGCUUGCUCUGCCAGUGGCCGUCACAGGCAGCGGCUGGUCCUCCAGGCUGUGGGAUGCAGCUAAAAAUAGGAAGGCGGGUGAGGCUAACACCAAGCAGACGGCUGGGGCCAAGGAGCUGGGCAGGCUGACCUGGGAGGAGCGCCAGCGUCCCCCUCCCUUCGACAUGGACCCGCCGGCCCCCUUGUCGGGAUUCCCGGUGCUGCCCUCGCUCGCGCCGUCGGGGCCGCCGCCGUCGCCGCUCCCGGGAGCCGAGCCGGGGCGGGAGGCGGAGGCGGCGGCGGUGACUGCGGGCGUCGGGAGGGCGGUGGAGCCGGGCACCGCGGCGCCGGGCCCUGGGAGGCGGCGGCGGCGGCCGCUGCAGCGCGGGAAGCCGCCGUACUCGUACAUCGCGCUCAUCGCCAUGGCGCUGGCGCACGCCCCGGGACGCCGGCUGACGCUGGCCGCCAUCUACCGCUUCAUCACCGAGCGAUUCGCCUUCUACCGCGACAGCCCGCGCAAGUGGCAGAACAGCAUCCGACACAACCUCACGCUCAACGACUGCUUCGUCAAGGUGCCCCGCGAGCCGGGCAACCCGGGCAAGGGCAACUACUGGACGCUCGACCCCGCGGCCGCCGACAUGUUCGACAACGGCAGCUUCCUGAGGCGCCGCAAGCGCUUCAAGCGCGCCGAGCCGCCGGGGCCGCCGCCGCCGUCCGCGCCGCCCGGGCCGCCACCGCCGCCGCCGCCGCCGCCCGCCGCGCUGCCCUUUCCCUACGCGCCCUACGCGCCCGGCCCCGCGCUGCUCGCCGCGCCGCCCUCCGGCCCGGGCCCCGCGCCGCCCCCCGCGCGCCUCUUCAGCGUCGACAGUCUGGUGAGCCUCCCGCCCGAGCUGGCGGGACUGGGCGCGCCCGAGCCGCCCUGCUGCGCCGCGCCCGACGCCGCCGCCGCCGCCUUCCCGCCCUGCGCCGCCGCCGCCGCGCCCUCGCUCUACGCGCAGGUCACCGACCGCCUGGGGCUGCCCGCCACGCGCCCUGGCCCCGGCCCCGGCCCCGGCCCGCUGCCCAGCGCCGCCGAGCCCCUGCUGGGCCUGGCCGGAUCCGCCAGCGCGCUCGGGCCGCUCAACUCCGGGGAAGUUUACCUGAGACAGCCCGGCUUCGCGCCGGGCCUGGAGCGCUACCUGUGA